CAUGACUGUAUACUUGCUUCUACGCCAUUUUGGAAGAAGAGAUUUGCCUAGGAGUAAUUGGCGUUCCUGAAUUUUCUUAUAUUUCGGCGUUGUGCGUUUUUCUUUAGGUGAGGUAUUGUGUCAAGAAUGGGCGAAGAUUUUAACGGAGAUCGUGAUAGACAAGAUCGGGAUAAAGACAGAGAUCGAGAUAGGGAUCGCGACAGGCGGCAUCGAUCACGCAGUCGAGAUCGUAGAAAGCGAUCUCGUUCCCGUUCCAAAGAUCGCAGAGAUAGAAAACGGAGUAGUUCGCCGAAAAAAAGUCGUAGUUCCAGGAGAAGAAAACCAUCUUUAUACUGGGAUGUACCACCGCCUGGUUUUGAACAUAUUACUCCUUUACAAUAUAAGGCUAUGCAAGCUGCUGGUCAAAUACCUGCAAACAUUGUAGCGGAUACACCACAGGCAGCUGUACCUGUAGUUGGUAGCACUAUUACUCGCCAAGCAAGAAGACUUUAUGUAGGGAACAUUCCAUUUGGUGUCACCGAGGAGGAAAUGAUGGAGUUCUUUAAUCAACAAAUGCACCUCUCUGGACUUGCACAAGCCGCUGGAAAUCCAGUAUUGGCGUGUCAAAUUAAUUUAGACAAAAAUUUCGCAUUUUUGGAGUUCCGAUCAAUCGACGAAACAACGCAGGCUAUGGCGUUCGAUGGCAUAAAUUUCAAAGGACAAAGCCUGAAAAUAAGGAGGCCACAUGAUUAUCAACCGAUGCCGGGAAUGACCGAUAAUCCAAGCAUGAACGUGCCAGGUACGGUUCCUGAUUCACCGCACAAGAUCUUCAUUGGUGGUUUACCAAAUUAUUUGAACGAGGAACAGGUGAAAGAGCUAUUGAUGAGCUUCGGACAGCUGAGGGCAUUCAAUUUAGUAAAGGACUCCGCGACUGGUCUCUCUAAAGGAUAUGCGUUCUGUGAAUAUGUAGACGUUUCGAUGACCGAUCAAGCGAUCGCUGGAUUAAAUGGGAUGCAACUGGGUGACAAGAAGUUAAUUGUGCAACGUGCCAGUGUGGGUGCUAAGAAUCCAAUGAUAGGCGCGCAAGCUCCAGUACAAAUUCAAGUGCCUGGUUUGUCGAUGGUUGGCACGAGUGGACCUGCGACCGAAGUGCUUUGUUUGCUCAAUAUGGUCACGCCAGAGGAAUUAAUGGAGGAAGAGGAGUAUGAGGAUAUUCUCGAGGAUAUUAAAGAAGAAUGUAACAAAUACGGCGUAGUGCGAUCCGUAGAGAUUCCUAGACCCAUCGAGGGUGUCGAUGUUCCUGGAUGUGGCAAGGUAUUCGUAGAGUUCAAUAGCGUGAUUGAUUGUCAAAAGGCGCAACAGACUCUCACGGGACGAAAGUUUAAUAAUCGUGUUGUAGUUACAUCAUACUUUGAUCCUGAUAAGUAUCAUCGUAGAGAAUUCUAAGACAUCUCUUUUCAUAUCGUUUAAUAAUGAUAUAUAUUAUGCAAUGUAUAUGUGAAUUCGAAUAAUCUAAACAUAUUUCAAGAGAAUUAUACAUUUACCAAUGAUUAACCGACGAUAAAACGGUAAGAAAUUACCGCCUUCGACAAGCGAUUAGAAUUGUAUAUCAUCAACGCGUAAUUGUGCGACCAAACGUAUUUCCUUCGCGCUUUAAAAAUACGAUAUGAACAUAUGUAUUAAUAAUAAAUACAUUUGGUCAUUGAUAUAAAAU